AUGUACGGCGGGCACAUUAGCAUUCGGCGGCCGUUUUGCAAAGGAUUGUCCUCUGUCGCCGCCAUCCACGAAACCUCGCAUCACAAUUGUCCGAGUGUGCUGUGGCUACGGUUCCCUGUUUGCCCCGAGUGGCGGAAUCUGUUCGUCGGCCCUAUUUUGUCCAACAACUUGCCUUUUCACCUUCUUGGUUGAUUGGUUGAGAAAGUUCGAAGUUUUUUUUUUGAAAAGCUGUUAUCUUCGCCCAGAAGCGAAAGAUAUUUUAUCUUUUCUCAAUGAAAAGUCUGAAACUCCUUGCUCAGGACGUCUUCAACUUCAGAAGUUCAUAAAGGUAAAUCUUGAAAGGUGUACAAAAAGUUCAUGAUUCCCUAGAAAAUCCCACUUUUUUUAAAUUUUUUUAGAAACUAAAUUUGACACAUUUUUUUCGCUUUUAUUUUUAAUAUAUGUGUUGUAUUACCUUUUGGCACCAGUUUUAUUUGAAGCAUAACUAAAUUCAACUUUGAAAAAGUCAACUGUAAAAAGUUUUUCCAACGGCCUUUGUAACUGUAAACUGAUUUUUUUGCCAUGAAAAAAAGUCAAUAAGUUUACCAAUCAUGUUAAAUUUAAAAACGGUGGAAAAAUUUUUAAUAGUGCAUAAACUCUCUUUUAAAGCAGCUGGUAAGGACAUAUUUAAGAAGAAAUCCCAAUACGUUGAAUUUGGUAUUGAAUAUUCAAAAUCAAUUUCUUAUGAUCCUGUCUUUUUUUUACGAUUUCACGGUCGCAAGAGUCUACAGAAAAUCAAAAACAACGCAGUUUGAUUCGGCAUUUUGAUUUUGUGACUAGUUUCGACUGACGCAACUUUGCGUGACUAGGAAAAGUUGCUUCAAACGGGAAAAAAGUUUUAAGUUUCUUUGCUCAAACAAGUACGACGCGGUGAAACAAGCGCGUGCGGUGGCCUUGUGUGCGUGUUAUCAACUUCCCCGAUCGGUACUCUCGGCCUCAACUUUCCGUUGCGGUUAAGACCGGUAUAUCUGACCUCUUCUGCUCUACUCAAAAACCGAUUCAAAAAAAAAAACUUCGAGUUUCUUGUGAGUCAUUUUUGUUGUCUUCAUUUUUUGAACUCAAUUUGUUCUUUCCGUUUGAAAUAAUCAUACUUUCCUUGUUUUUGUCAACAACAGUUCGAAAAAGCAUGGGAUUAUUUGUAUUUUUUGCAGCAACUUUCAUACUUCUGACGGAUUGUUUGCCAUGAAAAAUUCUUUCUCAAUUGAUCAUUUUGCCUCCCUUCCAAAAUGUGUCAUCGAGAAUGCCUUUUAAGUCCUCAAAACGCACUCGUUCCCCAUUCGUUCCUCGCUUCCUGACCGAUCGCAAAUACAUGCGUGUGCUUGAAAUGGUUAUCGUCAUUUAAUACACCCGCACUUGCUUUCUCAAGAGUUCUUCCAUUUCCCGACUGCCGGCAUCCAACGUCGCAAAUUUUUCUCUUUUUCUCGAUUAUAUUCAAGUUCACGUUUUGCCACAUCUUUUGUAAGAGAAAAAUUCACAAUUUUCUGAUUAUAAUACUCAAAUGAGAAAAAGAAGUGAACAUUUAAAACAAACCUGCUCAUAAUUAUUAUUCCAAUGAUGAGUGUACGAUAAUUCACACUUGUGCAUUACGUCGUAAACAACUAAACUGACGCGCUUGGCAGAUCGCUUUUUAUGUAUGUACAUUUUUUUUUUCAAAUUGUAAAUGUGUUUAUUCGUAGUUUUCAGUAAAAAUGAAACUUGUCCAUCCAAUUUUCAAUUUACCAUCUUUCAGAACGGGUCAACUCGGGAAAAAGUUGAAAUACUAACACAAAAUGGCGUUUCUGCACAAGGUUAAAAACUAUUUUAAAGGAUCAGCGUCUGACGCUUUCAGAAACCUUCCUACUAAUGUUCAGGUUUAAUUUUUUUUCUUGAAGAAAAUUUUUGUGAACUUAGUUUUGAAACGUGAGAACUUUUUCUCGCAAAAACACUCCUGCGGAAAAAUUCGAAAUCACUUCAAAAAUAGUCCUUUUUUUCAGUUUCCCUUUCACUUCUACAUUUUUUCAGCAUUCCCUCCAGAUGAAUGUGAAUCCCCGUGAACACUGGAAUAUCAUCGGAGAACUUGGCGACGGCGCUUUCGGAAAAGUUGAAAAAGCCGUUUCACGAAAAGACCCGACAAAAUUUGCCGCUUCUAAAGUGAAUGAAAUAAUUUUUCGAAGUAAAUAGCUUUUAUGAUUUCAGUCAAUCGAGGUGCAAAAGGGUGAAUCGUUACAAGAUUUACUAGUCGAAAUCGACAUUCUAACUUCUUGCAAUCAUCCUGGAAUACUCCAACUUCUGGGCUGCUACUUCUUUGAGAAUAAAUUGAAUGUAAGUUUUUUCCAUAUAACCUCAUUAACUAAAAUUUUUGAUUUAUUUUAUGUCAGGUCUUGCUUGUCAAUUCAUUGAGCACUUCUUUUCUGUAGAUCCGCAAAUUUUGAAUUGAUUUUCAGAAUUAAGAUUUCGGUUCAUUUCAGAUGAUGUUAGAGUUCUGCGGUGGUGGAGCUCUCGAUAUGAUUAUGCUAGAAUUGGAGAAAGGCCUCACUGAAAAACAAAUCGCUGUAGUAGCAAGGUGAGCUUCAGUUCCAUUUUUCCCAUAUUCAUCAAAAUUUCCUUAUGAUUUUAAAUUUAAAUUAUUUCAGGUACACUUGCGAGGCCCUCCAGUAUCUUCAUCAGAAUCACAUCAUUCAUCGCGAUCUCAAAGCAGGGAAUAUCCUUUUGACACAAGACGGCGUCGUUAAAGUCGGUGAGUAAAUUUUCCAUUCUACACUACGAUAAUUUUCUUUAAAUAAAAAUUUUUAAUUAGGCUGUGAGAAUGGAGCUCGUGUUUGAAAGGAUAGGUAGGUUCACGGUCGUGAUUUUUGCGGCACUUUUCUAGCUGUUUUUUUGAUUAUCACAUGCAUGCCACCCUUGAGCCAAAAAAAAAAAUGAUAUUAUGCGGCUAAACAUGUAUUUUGAUUUCGUGGUUUUGCAUUUUUUUUUUGUGUGCUUUAGGUUUGGGCAAAAAAAAAAAUAAGAAAUGGAACAAAAAUAAUUUUCGCAAUUGAUCUUUCUGGAAUCAAAAAAACUGAGAUGAUGUCCAUCAUAAGUAAGGGUGUUGCCUCCCAUUUGUUUUUUUUUUUGAGUCAAAACUAUUUUCUGAUAAGCAUGAUGAUUAUUGUAAUUUCAUUAUAUGCUUUUUGUGAAGUUCGCACUCAAUAGAAUCCUAACCCGCGUUUUUUCUUCAAUGACUUCUGCUUUCAUAAGUUUACGCAUACUGCCGUCCAAACCUGAUGGGAACUGCAAUUUCGGAAAGUAAACUUGUUGUUUCAUUGAUUUUUGGCAGUUUUCCGCUGAUUUUCUGAUUUUCAACCUCUUCAGCUGAUUUUGGCGUAUCCGUCAAAAUGAAAGACGCCAAUGAAAAGCACAACACAUUUAUCGGAACGCCCUAUUGGAUGGCUCCAGAAGUGAUGAACUGCGAGACUUUCAAAGACAGUCCUUAUUCUGUCAAAGUCGACAUUUGGUCUCUCGGAAUCACUCUUAUUGAGUGCGCACAAAUGGAACCACCGCAUUCAAAUGUAAAUGAAAUAUUUGGUUAUUUGGAGGUAUUUUUUUUCUCAGCUAUCUCCAACUCGAGUCCUGAUCAAAAUCUUAAAGUCUGACCCUCCGACGUUAGACCGACCAUCAAUGUGGUCCAUAUUUUUUGCGGAUUUUCUCAAAAAAUCUCUGGUAAAAAACCCAAAUGAUCGACCAUCUGCAGCCGAGUUGCUAAAGGUACUCGAGAAAAUAAAUACCACAAAAUUGUUUUUAUUUUUUUUUAGCAUUCCUUCAUUCGAGAAGUCCGCGACACUCGAGCAAUACAAGAACUUUUGGCCGAGGUCAAUGCUGAUGUCGAAGAAGAAGAGAUAGUCGAUGACCACAUGAGUUGCGACGAAAGCUUGGAUUCUGACGACCAUCGCGGUAAUAUUUCAUUUUGUGUCUUAUCGUUUUUGAAAGAAUAAAACGAAAUUCUUGCAGUUCCUGACCUUUCUGAUUCAAAAUCAACGGGUUCUCGAACUCUUUCGAUGGAAAAGUUUGAAGUUCUACCUAAGAAACGCGCCGCGCCUCCUCCACCAGUAGAGGUCCCCAAACUCAUUUCAUCGGUUCUUUUUUUUUCAAUUUAGGAAAAACAAGCAGAUUUUUAGACUGUCUCUGAACGCAAUAAUGUGAAAGAAAAACUGUCUUUCGAAUCUCAAGGAGAUCAAACUAGUGGUAUUUCCCAUGUUGAGGUUUUUUUCCUGUUGUCAAAUUUCGUGGAAAAUCGUAUUUUAGUGCAAUUUCGACUACGGAAACAAAGAAACCAAUGCCCAUAUGCAUCCGGAUUUCAACUCGGUCAGUUUUAUUGCACAGUAGGCUUUCCAUAAUUUUUGAGCAUCAAUAUAUAUUUUUAUUUUCAAAGGAAAUUUUUCAGACAUCCCAAAACAGACAAACGGCUUCAAGUCAAACUUCGGUUCGUUCCCAUUCAUUCGAGUCAAAAAAAAUUUUUUAAUCUUUUUGUUGCGUUUAAAUUUUUUUCAUUAUAUUUUUUUCCAGCCUUCUCCAACAAAUCGCCGUAGCGUACAAUCGAUGGUAAGUUGUUUUUUUCAUAAAUUUUUGUGAGAAAAAGUUUCAGAACGACACGACUUCAGUUCAUUCCAGCGGCUUCGACAAAGAAUUCUUAUCAUCAGACCUCGUAAAUUUUUUUCAUAAGAGUAUUUUUUUCAAUUUUUUCCAGGUUGUAUCUGUGGCUGAGAAUACGGAAAAAACUAAUGAGAACAAAGAAAAAUCUGGACCAUCUUAUCGAAAAUCUUCUCAAAUCUCGAAUGUAGGAGUUAUUGAGUGAAUCUGGAAAAACUGUAAAUCAAGGAUUUUCAGAAACGUCCUGCUUCUAGUCCAAGUGCUUCGGGAAUGCAGCUGAGUCCGAAUUUUUUGGUAAACGUUUUCAAAUGAAAUCAGUGAUUAUUUAUCAUUCUCAGGUCAACGGAUUGGCAAAAAGCAAUAGUGAACAAGAAGCUUUUUCCGUUCUUGAUGACCUCAACUUUGCGUUGGACAGCGAGAAAGGCGACUUUUUGACCUCUCCGCGAGGUUUUAAACUAUUCUCGGUAGCUGAUAUGUGACGAGUUCUUUCAGCGUUCGGAAACGAAAGAGCUUUGUCUGCACCUCCAACAUCUUCACCUCCAUCACAUAAAAUACGUGAUAGUUAGUUCUGUUUUCAAAACCAUCAUAAAUAGUAAUAUUCCAGUUAUUCGUCAACAGAGGGAAGAAGCAAAAGUUACCGGCGACAGCGGUUCAAGUAUAUUCAUCUUGAGUAUAGUUUUUCACAUCUUUUUUCAGGUAUUAAGGAUCAACUGUACGCCAGGAGUUUGAGUGAAAUGUCGUCCAGAACAUCCGAUCAAGUCGAGGUGAAGUUUUCCGAAGGCUGUAAUUUUUUCUAUCUUUAGGGUCGUGAUCGUUACCUUCAUACUGCGAUAUCAAAGCCUCCAUCGCAGCAAAAAACUGAAUUUGUUAUUCCGGAGAAAACUCGCGUUGUCUUCAAAAGGGAAGACGUUAUUACUGUCGUUGAGCCUUUGCGAUCCCGACACGACCGCUCGAAUACAAAUUCACCCAUUGACGCUUGGAGACAGUCUCCAGAAACCGUGCAGACUCCAGAACAUUGGCUUCAUCACGAAGAGAAGAUAGCUCGAAAAGAAGCUCGUAACGGCUCGGAAGACAAGGAACGUCUUGCGGAAAUUCUGCGUAACGCUCUUCCAAUCGUGCUCGAACUUAAAGGAGCCCAACGAGAGUUUUUAUCAGCAUUGGAAGAAGAAGAUUACGCACGAGAAGACGUCGAAGAAGUCGCCGAAGAUGGUCAUGAAGACGAAGUGGAAAAUGCGCGACAUGCUCUUUUGAGAGCAAGCAGAAACGCUGCCGAGUGGGGUCAGAAGGUCGACCUUGCACAGGCGAAGGCUGAUCUGUUACUUAACCAGUUACACCAAGCUACCGACGAUAGCGAGUUUAUAUCUCGUCUUCCUGAGCUUCAGAACCAACUCAGAGACUUGGGUCAGCCUCGUUCUAGAACUCCACGUCCAAAGUCGCACAAAGUGCGAAAGGCUCAUGCUCCAGUCCCUCCAUCUUUGACCAAAGCCUUCGCUCCGGUUGCACCUCAGCCAAAACAGAAGACACCGGUGCAAGAGCUUUCAAUUACUUCUGAGCUCAUUCCGGAAGAGCCGAAAGAGCUGAUAUUGCACAGCCCAAAAAUCAGCAAAAAACUUGAACCUCCAGGAGGUCUUAGUCCAACCAACCUACAAUAUUUUGAAAAGGUCAGAAAUUUUUUUUUUUUUCGAAGUAAAAACGCAAUUCUCAGACGGAUUCUAACCGUGCACCGCCUCCAGAGCCACCAGUAGAUUACGAGAAGCCAAUGAGAGGUAAUUUUUUGUGAUCUAUCAGAGAAUUCAAAAUUCAAAUCAGAAAUUUACCUGUUUUUUAAGAAGUCCCGCCAAAGCAGUCACCAAAACAAGAGAAGCGUGGUCCUGCCGCUUCAAAUCGUCUCGGUGGACGUCGAGACAUCAACCGUCAAACGGUUACCAAAAAAACCCGCACCUACACAGUUGAUGGUGUCCAAAUGACUUCCACAACUGUACACGUUUUUGGUGCAAAAGACUCCAAAAUGCAAAUGUAAAUUUUGAACUGCGAUCCAUCUGAAAAUUCUGCUUAGGAAACUGCAACUACAAGAUUUGCGACGGUUGCAACGCGAUGAGGGUCGUCAGAAACAAGAGCUUGCUUCUGAAGCAAACAAGCUAGUAGAUGAACAAACGAGAAAAUUCAACCUCGAGCAAACAGUAUGAUUUUUUUCAAGGUUGAAGAAUUUAUUUUUGAAAUUUCCAGAGCCUCCUUCGUCAGUUCGAAAUUGACAUGGACCUGUUGGAGCGACGUCAACGGAAAGAGAUUGAAGAUGCUGAAACAGCACAGGAGCAUGAACUUAAGCUCACACAAAAGAAAUUACGAUUAGAGCAGGUGGUUUUCAAUUUCAUCAGGUUGAUUAAGUGAUUUUCGUUUAGGAGAAAGACUUGAAAGCUUUCCGAGAACGCAUGAAACAAGAAAUGAAAAUAGUGAAGCAAGAAAUGAGCAUGCUCAGCCGAGCUCAUCGCAAAGACGCAUUAAAAAUGCAGAGAGAGGCUCUGGAACACGAACAUGCCAUGAAGGUCAAUAUAUACUCUUCCGUAAACAAUUAUUAUAUAUUGCUUCAGGAGGGAGAGUAUAUUCAACAACUGAAGCAAAAUUAUGAUGCUCAUUUUCAACGUGUUUUGGAACGGCACCAGGUUAAUUAAUCGGAAGUUUUUGAACUUUUAUAAAUUUUUCAGGAGAGCCUGGCUCAAGUGGAGCGGCUAUUUUUGCAACAAAAGCACGGACUUCUCCGCAUCAAAGAAAACAACACUUGGGAAUUGGAAGACAAGCAAAUGCGAGAAAAAUACAUACUGCACAAAAAGUUGUUGAAAGACGACUAUUACCUCAUUAGGACGCAAAUGCUCACUCGUCAUCAGCGAGAUCUUCACCAGCUCGAGAAAAUUCAUCAGGUCAGAUUUUAGAUGCAUUUUUCAAAAAAGCUUGUUUUUGUUCCUAUCAAUCAAAGGAAAGUUCUAGGAAGAAAUCGAAGACUUGUCUCGUGCCCUUGCUUUGGAUCGCAAAAAACUGCCAAAAGCUUUACGCGCCGAAGGAAAAACGAGAAGCAUGAUGUAUAAAGAAUCCCUUCGAAUCAGCGGACAGGUUCUUUCAUACAACCUUUGAAGGUCAUUUAAUAAAUUUUACAGACUCUGUCGCCUUCGGAACUGAAUGAUCUGGUGCGACAGUUUGAAGAGAAAGAAAACGCUCGGAUCAAAAAUGCGAUGGACGAGGCUUUGAAGAAACAUCUCAGCAAAAUCGCAGCACUCAAGGCCAAACAAGCCGAAAGUGUCAGUUUCCUAGUAAAAAUUACUCGAUUCUGUACAAUUCAAAAAAUGCGCCAAAUGCUUCAGAAAAAAUAUUUCGUUUUUACUCGAAAAUCGAAGCUCGACUUUCAUACUCAUCACUCUGUCUUGUUUAGUUGAUAUAAGAUUUCUGUACGGCUAAUUAGUUUUUUUUCAGAACUGUAUUUGAGAAAUGAAACUUGAAAAUGAUUAGGUGGAAGUAAAAAUAAUCUUUGCCAACCAAAGUUUUUUACAUUACGAAAAAAUGAAGUUUAAUUAAAUUCAAAUCUCAUUUUUAGAUAGUGGAGCUGAAUGAUCUUCAAAGCGAAAAAAGAAAACAACUAUUGGAAAAAGAGAACAACACAUUGUAUGAACAUGAACAAAAAGUACUACGAAAUGCGCAAACGAUGGGAGGAGGAGUUGGUCGACCGGAAAACGGUUAGUAAAUAAUUUUUUUAGUAUUUUUUUCAAAAAAAUUUUUUGGAAUUAAAGAAUUUACUGAUAGAAAACCUUCCUGAUUUAAAUGAACGUUUUAACAUUUUCAAAUUACUAUGUUCAAAAAAAGUUAUGAAAAAGUCAUCUGGAUUAUCAAAGAACUUUUGGUCAAAGUUUCUGAAAAUCCUGUUUUUUUCAAUCAAAAAAAGAUUCAUAAUUGUUAAUUUUUAGAAAUCAGUUGGGAAACUAUUGUUUCGAGUUUAGAUCCUCGAAUCGAAUUUCAAUGA